UUAACUGAGCUUUCGGUGCGUACUGUAGAAAUCUGCAGUACUCUGACCGUAAGAUAGUGGGGAUUGUACAAGAUUGUUAUGUUCUGCAGAGCAAUCUUCAACUUCUUGUUUCUUCUACAUCUAUGGGUCAAAGAAAGAAAUCUAUACUCCCUGUUAGUUGUUAGUUCUUUGUUCAUGCUAAUUCACUUAUUUAAAGAAAACUACGUAAUUACCAAUGAUAAACCCCAGUUUGGAAAUUUGGUCGAUAACAUCUCGAAACCCUAUAAUGACGAAGUUGAUAAUGUGACUGAGGAAAAUAUUCCUGAAAACAUUAUGAUCACUCCUCCAGAUUUGAAGGACAUUUUUUUAAAACAAUUUGGAAACACAAGUUCUCAAAAUUUCUCCAGUCUUCCAGAAACCUUGGGGACGAAGAAACAUAUACUUUUAUUAGCUUAUGCAAGAUCUGGGUCUUCGUUCACCGGCGACCUACUGAGUGCACAUCCAAAUGCUGCGUAUUAUUUUGAACCGUUCUAUUUACUCAGACCAGGUGGACAUAGUAUAGAGCGCGCAUUACAGGAGAAUCCUUCCACAGUUUGGCAGGUUCGAGACUAUAUUUACGGAAUCUUCUAUUGCAAUCCUUCUCUGCUGAAAAAACUUAGUAGUAACGGUUUUCAUGUGAUUCGAACUCAUGGACAUGAUACCGACUGCAUCAACGCAAAUCCAAAGGUGAUGAAAACAAUCCGAAUUCACAAGAUAGGACUUGAACCCUGGAUAUACUCUACAAAUAUCCAGGUGGUUCAUCUAGUACGAGACCCUCGUGGUAUGAUUACAUCAAUGGCGUCUCAUCAGAAUACUUGGGGGGAGGCUGCAAAGAAUUAUUCACAGUUGUGUAACAAAAUUCAGGACGACCUUAGUCUUGAGGAGGGGUUAGGACCUAACAGAUAUAUGAGACUUAGAUAUGAAGAUCUAGUUGAAGAUACAGAGAAUGAACUGAAACGUAUUUAUAAACUCCUUGAUAUACCUUUCACAGAACAGGUGAGAGAUGCUGUUUUUAGACACACAAAUCCAAGCAACAAAACAAGGGGGGGAUACUACAGUACGUUUCGUGGAACCGGUUUUAGAACAGAUUCUUGGAAGAGAAAGCUGCGGAUAGAACAAAUCAGGAUGAUUGAGGAAGAAUGUAGUUCAGUUCUGGAAAAACUUAAUUAUAAUAUAUUCGAUCCAGAGUCAGAAAUAAAUAUUUAAACAAAAUCAA